GGUCUCUGUUCGAGAGGAGUGAGUAAUCAUCCAAAAAUCGAUCUGAAGCGAGCAGUGGUCUGUGAAUUCGAGCUGUGAGAGUGCUGAGACUGUUUGGUUGAUAUCUCGAGUUUUACCAAUCCAAUUAAGGCGUGUGAGAUACCAAAAGAAAUCUCUCAAGACGAGGAAUCCGUGAAGGUCUGGUUUGCAUCAAUCGGAGUAGAGGAAGGCUUCCAAAUCGUCCGAGCAAAACACAACCUCGCAGAAACGGAUUUACUCUUCUAAAGAAUCGAGUUAGCCGGAAAACACCCGUUCUAGGGGCUGUUUUCGUAUCAACGAUUAGGGGUUGAAAUAGCAACUUGAGGAAGCUGUUUAACACCCAUUUUCAAGCAAGGAACCAGUUCUCAAUCUUCCUUGGCCGAGGCUUUGGUCAUUGGAUCGAGAAGGAAGGUUUUAAAGCUCAUUUGAGGUUGAGGCUAGAGCUUGCUUCCUGUGCUCGUUGCUCGAGAGAUCAUAUAGGAGGGAAGACUUGAAAUGGACCGUGGUGGCAGGAUUACUAGGAGAAACCCAACGGGCCGUGUACCAGUGGAGACUGGACAGGGCAGUCGAAGGACCUCUAGGGCAUCUAGAGGAGCUGGCCGUGGAGGCCGAUCACAGACCGUGAGUGACGGUCAUGUCGACACAGAAAGUGAAACCUACUGGUCCUAUGAGGACUCGACUUACCAACCGGAAACCGAGCCGGUUGAGACCCCUUACGAAGGGGAUGACGAUGAUGUGAGUGAUGAAGAAGGGGAGAAUGACUCCCUAGCAAGAAUUGAGGCGCUACUCCAACAAUAUCAGCGGGAGCGCGAGGAAAGGAGGGAACGCCGAAGGCGCCGAGGAGGGCGAACUUCGGGUGGGGCUUCAAGAGGAAGAAGCCAUGGAGACUCUAGGGCCCACAUUGAACCACAUGGGGGCCGGGGUGAUGGAGGUCCGAUCAUAAGGAUCUCCAAAUACCUCAAAGAGGCACGAGACUUGGGGUGCAAACCCUUCAACGGAGCGGGUGACAUCUCGGUUGCCGCCGAAUGGAUCAAGAGGUUGAACGAAGCAGCCCUUGAUAUGCAACUCACCCCCGAAUUUAAACUAAGGGUGGCGGUGAGGUUGCUUGAAAGGAUGGCAUCCACAUGGUGGGACGGAGCCAAGGGAAAGUAUGGCAAUACCGUGACUUGGGAGGAGUUCCGACAGGAGUUCUUUGCCCAAUACUAUUCUGAUUUUGAGGUGAACAAUAAGAGGAGAGAGUAUACCCUCCUGACCCAAGGUGGCACGAUGACGGUGAGGCAACUUGAACAGAAAUUCAGGGAACUCGCGGAAUUCAUACCGGAGUACAUAUGUGAUGAGAACCGGAUGGUGAAUCACUUCUGGGAUGCCUUGGACCUUGACAUACGCGAGAGGGCAACACAAUUGCCUAAUAUGACGUUUAGUCAAGUGGUUGAACAAGGCCUGAAGGGAGAGAAGGAGUGGGAGGAAAGAAAACGAAGGAACGCCGAGGAGGCGAAGAAGAGGAAGUGGGAGAGUCACGGCUCCCAAGGUUCCAACAAAAAGGGGAACCAUGGAGGGGGAUCUUUCCGUGCACCUCCGCCACCAUCUAGGGGGAACCAGGGCUCGAGCAGGCAUGACUCGGGGUCACAAGCCUCGGGGACGCCUCGUUGCUUGAAUUGCAAGAAGAGUCACCUCGGAAAAUGCCGUGAACCUCCUAGAUGCUUCCAAUGCGGGACUACCGGGCAUUUGAAGGCGCAUUGCCCACAAUUGGGCGGGGCAAGGUCAUCGGGACCAAGUAGCGGGGCCACGGGGACGAGAAACCAAGCCCGGGGUUCCCAAUCAACUAGGGGGCAUGGAGGAGCAAGCGCGAGCAACGCGCCAUCGGUGAAUCAAGAAAGGACUCAAGCUAGAGUCUAUGCGAUGACGGAGGCGGAUGCCCGGGCUAACCCAGAUUCGGUUGCAGGUAUGACCGCUUAGCUCCUCUUGCUUUACACAUUCCUCAUCCAUAAAUUGAAGUUAUAAAUCCUAGAAUCCAGGUGGGAGCAGACGUAAGACCGAAAUGGGAAAGAAGAGCAAAACCAUGCUACUACCCGACCGGGUAGGGCAAUAAACCCUACCGGGUGGGACGAGUUUUUGCCCUCGUAAACCUUCUGGAUCGCAUACCCGAUCGGGUUUGGUAAUGAACCCGACCGGGUAGGCCAAGUUUUUGCACUCAUAAGUCCACUGGAACACAUACCCGACCGGGUAUGGUGGUAUACCCGACCGGGUUUGUCAAAAAUUUCUGCCCGACACCUUCUGGAACACAUACCCGACCGGGUAUGUUGGUAUACCCGACCGGGUUUGUCAAAAAUUUCUCCCCGACACUUUCUGGAAUACAUACCCGACCGGGUAUGGUGGUAAACCCGACCGGGUUUGUCAAAAAAAUUCUGCCCGAACCCACUGGAACUUAUACCCGAUCGGGUAUAGUAUGUUACCCGACCGGGUACACCUCGAAGUGUUCGUCAAAUGAAAAAGUUGUCUUCAUGAAAGUUGUAGAUAUUUUCAUUGUCUAAAUGAUGGAAUUUGAAUCGAACGAUUUGGUUAAGUAUGUGAAGAGAUAUGAUCAAAACGGUGAGACAGUGUCAAUUUAUAUCUCAACUGCGAACGUCAACCAUAAUUGGGGGAUUUUGCCCACUUUAAGGACAUGAUUUCGCAUUAUGUUCUUCGUAGGAUUGGUCGGUAUGUUAGAGAGGUAUCUUACAUGGCUUAUAAAUGUAGGAACACUAAAGAUUAAUGGGAGAUGUGCGAGAAUCCUCAUCGAUACCGGGGCGCAACGAUCAUUUGUGAGUGAGGCAUUCGCCGAGGGAUUCGACGCACCCCUAGUACCGAUGGCUCAAGCCCUAUUGGUAUCCACACCCCUAGGGGAAGACAUCGAGAGAGAUAGCCACUAUCCAUCGUGUGAGGUGGAAGUGGAGGGCCAAAACUUGUGUGAUUUCGUGCCGCUGAGUAUGAUUGAGUUCGAUGCAAUCCUGGGGAUGGAUUGGCUUGAGAAGCAUCAUGCUAGGGUCGAUUGUUACACGAAAGUACUUGAACUCGAAGGCAAUGAAGGGGUAACCUUACGCUUCGAGGGGGAUAGGGCGAAAUCCAAUAGUUGUAUCAUAUCCGCUGUGAGGGCUAAGAAUAUGAUGAGGAAGGGAUGUCACGCAUAUCUAGCGUAUGUGGUGGACAAAACCAAAGAAGAGACGAGCAUUGAUGAUGUUAGGGUAGUAUGCAAGUAUCGGGACGUCUUUCCUAAAGACUUACCGGGACUUCCACCCGAUAGGGAGAUUGAGUUCGUGAUCGAGGUCGAGCCCGACACCAAACCAAUCUCCAUACCGCCAUACCGUAUGGCACCCGCUGAACUUAACGAGUUGAAAACCCAAUUGCAAGAGCUUUUGGAUAAUGGUUUCAUUAGGCCAAGCCACUCCCCGUGGGGAGCACCAGUUCUUUUUGUGAAAAAGAAAGAUGGGACACUUCGAAUGUGUAUUGACUAUCGUCAACUGAACAAGGUCACAAUCAAGAAUAGGUAUCCUUUGCCUAGAAUUGAUGACUUGUUUGAUCAACUACGAGGGGCAACCGUGUUUUCAAAGAUUGAUUUGAGGUCGGGUUACCAUCAAUUGAAGAUUAAGGAAGACGACAUACCAAAAAGUGCUUUCCGCACAAGGUAUGGGCAUUUUGAGUUCCUUGUUAUGUCGUUUGGGUUAACAAACGCCCCGGCGGCAUUCAUGGACUUGAUGAACCGAGUAUUCCAUAAAUACUUGGAUCGAUUCGUGAUUGUGUUCAUAGAUGACAUUUUGAUUUACUCAAAGAGUGAGGAAGAGCAUGAAGAACACUUGAUACUCGUUCUUGAGACACUAUGGGAGAAGCAACUUUAUGCCAAAUUCUCUAAAUGUGAAUUUUGGCUAAAGGAAAUUGGCUUCCUCGGGCACGUGGUUUCAGGAUCGGGAAUUGCUGUUGAUAAUAAGAAGAUAGAAGCCAUUACCGGAUGGGAGAGACCAAAGAACGUCAAGGAAAUUCGUAGUUUCCUUGGACACGCAGGCUACUAUAGAAAGUUCGUGGAGAAGUUCUCUGUUUUGGCAUCACCAUUGACGAAGCUCACUCGUAAAGGAGCUAAGUUUGUAUGGGAUGACAAAUGUGAGGAGGGGUUCAUGGAACUAAAGAAGCGAUUGACCGAGGCACCGGUACUUGCAUUACCCAAACAGGGUGUGGGGUACGAUGUCUAUAGCGAUGCGAGCAUCCAAGGGCUUGGAUGCGUGCUGAUGCAGAAUGGGAGGGUAAUCGCCUAUGCUUCACGACAGUUGAAGAAGCAUGAGGUGAAUUAUCCUACUCACGACUUGGAGCUGGGGGCUGUGGUGUUUGCACUGAAGAUAUGGAGUCAUUAUCUCUACGGGGAGACAUGUCACAUAUACACUGAUCACAAGAGCUUGAAAUACGUGUUUACUCAAAAAGAGCUAAACAUGAGACAGAGACGGUGGAUGGAGUUGAUAAAAGACUACCAUCUAGUGAUAGAAUAUCACCCAGGCAAGGCAAACGUGGUGGCAGAUGCUUUGAGCCGGAAGAGCUCGUCUGGGGCAUUGCUAGCUAAUUUGAGGGCAUUAAGAGCCCAACUGGAGGUAUCCAGCGAUGGUGCCUUAUUGGCACGAUUUGAGGUAAGACCUACUUUACUUGAUGAGAUCAAGAAGGGUCAAGAGACUGACGCAGAACUUAUGAAGGUCCGGGAACGCAUGCAAGCUGGACCGGUGGAGGAUUUCAGUUCAAGAGAUGAUGGUCUCUUGUUAUUUCGUGACCGAGUGUGUGUGCCGUCAGAUGAUGAGCUCCGAAAGUCCAUCUUAGAGGAGGCUCAUUCAUCGGCUUAUGCCAUGCACCCGGGGGGCACGAAAAUGUACCGUGAUUUGAAAGAAAGUUACUGGUGGUCUGGAAUGAAGAGGGAAAUAGCCGAGUACAUCAGUCGAUGCCUUACUUGUCAACAAGUUAAGGCAGAACAUCAGCAUCCAGCAGGCUUAUUGCAGCCACUUUCCAUUCCUGAAUGGAAGUGGGAACACGUGACUAUGGAUUUCGUGGUAGGUUUACCACGGACAAUCAGGAACUAUGAUGCAGUUUGGGUCGUUGUGGAUAGGCUCACAAAGAGUGCACACUUCUUGCCUAUCAACACUACCUACCCACUUGAGAGGUUAGCCAAAUUGUAUACGGAUGAGAUCGUGAGGCUGCAUGGGGUCCCAGUGACCAUUGUAUCCGAUAGAGACCCACGAUUCACAUCACGUUUUUGGCCGAAAUUUCAGGAGUCUAUGGGAACGAGGUUGAAGUUCAGUACUGCUUUCCACCCACAGACGGAUGGACAGUCUGAAAGAGUCAUACAGAUGUUGGAAGACAUGCUGAGGGCUUGUGCAUUGGAGUUCCAAGGAAGUUGGGACAACCACUUAGCACUUGUGGAGUUUGCCUAUAACAACAGUUAUCAGGCCAGCAUCGGCAUGCCUCCAUACGAGGCAUUGUAUGGGAGGAGGUGUCGUACACCGUUAUGCUGGGACGAGGUUGGCAUGGCCAAACUUGAGGGUACUGAGUUGGUUGAGGUCACCAAAUCAAAGGUGAAAUUGAUUCGAGAGAGACUCAAAGCGGCUCAGGAUAGGCAAAAGAGUUAUGCAGAUAAGCGUCGAAGAACCUUAGAGUUUAAGGUUGAUGACAAGGUGUUCUUGAAAGUUUCUCCUUGGAAAGGAAUCAUUCGAUUUCAAACCCGAGGGAAGCUUAACCCACGGUACAUAGGUCCAUUCAGAAUUAUAGAGAGGAUUGGGGCCGUGGCAUAUCGUCUACAGUUGACUCCUGAGUUAGAGAAGAUACAUAAUGUGUUUCAUGUAUCCAUGCUUAAGAAGUAUGUGCAUGAUCCCUCUCACGUAUUGGAGAAGCCACCUGUAGAGGUACGUGAGGAUUUGAACUACGCUGUUCAACCUAUCAAGGUCACCGAUAGAAAGGUGAAGAAACUGAGGAGCAAGGAAGUCCCAAUGGUUAAAGUCCUGUGGAAGAGCGAUCGGGUCGAGGAAGAAACAUGGGAAACAGAAGCUUUGAUGAGGAAGCAGUAUGCUUUCCUAUUCGAGUAGAGCUGUGAAUUUCGGGGACGAAAUUCCUGUUAAGGGGGGGUGAACUUGUGACACCGCACCCGAAUGUCCUUGGAGAUUUGAUUUAGAUAUUCAAAGUUUAUGUAUUGGAUUUUUAUUCCCGAACAAUUUGUAAAACGAUUAAUGUUCUACGUAGUGCAUGGUUGAAUAUCGUACUGUUCAAACUCGUACACUAGUGUCGGGUUUCGCAAAUACUUAUUCGGGACUUAUUAAUAAAUAAAAGAGCCCAAUAAUACGUAUGACAAAUGUCAAAUAAGUGAUUGAAUGAUUAAGGAAGAAUACAAAUGCCUAUAACCCCACCUUGGGCCUUAUUGAGCUAAAUAAUGGGAGUAGGAUUUUCCUUCUAUAAUAUUCAUCAAGUAAAUUAUUGGGACGAGCCUACACAUAUUGGAGAUCAAUAAUGUGAUUUAGGAAGUUGACUUGUUCUAAGUAAAUUAGGAUGAGUACAAAAAGACAUUUUUGACAAAGAUAAAACAAUAGGACCCAUCUUCCCAUUUUUGGAAGUAUUGGUAGAUAUUUUGGACCCCAAAUUUAAUGGGAUCAAUUGGGAACCACUCCACAUGAUAUUAGUACCUGCAAGACAAGGAAAAUAUGUGAGAAGACUCACCUUGGCCGCACCACAUGGAGAAGCACUGCCCAUGACACAAUUGGAAUCAAAUUUUGGGGCCACCACCACUGUUUUCGCACAAACAGGUGUGCUGUUUUGUCUCCCUUCAUUUUGAGAGUUGUACUCGUCCAAAUGAGGUGUAUAAGGUGUCCUUGGAUAGCCUUUGAAGUCUAUUUUCAUAAUUGAGUGGUCUCUGUUCGAGAGGAGUGAGUAAUCAUCCAAAAAUCGAUCUGAAGCGAGCAGUGGUCUGUGAAUUCGAGCUGUGAGAGUGCUGAGACUGUUUGGUUGAUAUCUCGAGUUUUACCAAUCCAAUUAAGGCGUGUGAGAUACCAAAAGAAAUCUCUCAAGACGAGGAAUCCGUGAAGGUCUGGUUUGCAUCAAUCGGAGUAGAGGAAGGCUUCCAAAUCGUCCGAGCAAAACACAACCUCGCAGAAACGGAUUUACUCUUCUAAAGAAUCGAGUUAGCCGGAAAACACCCGUUCUAGGGGCUGUUUUCGUAUCAACGAUUAGGGGUUGAAAUAGCAACUUGAGGAAGCUGUUUAACACCCAUUUUCAAGCAAGGAACCAGUUCUCAAUCUUCCUUGGCCGAGGCUUUGGUCAUUGGAUCGAGAAGGAAGGUUUUAAAGCUCAUUUGAGGUUGAGGCUAGAGCUUGCUUCCUGUGCUCGUUGCUCGAGAGAUCAUAUAUGAGGGAAGACUUGGUUCGUGCUUCCUCCAUUCUGUUUUUAAACAUUAAUAAACAUGCUCAUGGAUAUUUUACUGUAGAGCCUGCGUGCUCAUGAAUAGCCUUGUGUGGCCCUUUCGUUUUAAACAAUGUUUUCCGCUGCGUUACGAAUUACUUAUUAUGUUUGUUUAUGGAUGUGUAUGUGUGAAUGAUAUUCAAGACGCCUUGUAUA